CAAGCCCCUGUUUCUCCACCUUCCCGCGGGGUGGCCUUGCCCUCCUCCCGGUAGCACCCGCUUCCCAGGGGCCCCGUUUUCCGUCUGAGAAUGGGUUAUCACAGGAUAGAGUCGAAGACCGGACGAAGUAAUCGUGCGCGACCCGGCUCGGCCCGGGCCACCUGCUCGGGAAAACUGGCCACAGUUGCGGGUUUUAGCCGUGAAAAUUCCCCGAACCGAGGCGUCUUUGCGGCUUGGGCUGAGCGGAUGGGGUGUGCAUUUGCAAUGGGGGUGCUGCGCUAGGAAUCGGCCCCGCAGGAGGUGCCGGGACGUGGGGGCGGCGGCUCGGCCACGGCCUGGGCUUCCCGGACAGGGCCAGAGAUGUAGCUGCGGGACGGUGGGUAGUGUCGUCGCGGGAAGGGUCACUGUGGCUGGGCGCUGGUGCUCAGGUUUGGAGAUGAAGAGAGUCCGCCUAAAAGAUCAGGAUCCAGUCUCCAGUUGUCCGUUUCCCCAGCAGUAUGCGCUGCCGUUUGCGCGGGAGGCCACUGUCCCCUACAUACAUGUGUUAGAACAGUCUCCUUGUGUGGGGAGCGUUUUGGUUAUUGCUCUCAGAUGUGCGUGGAAACGCGUGACUGAGACCCGCAAAACCAAGCAUUGGAGGGCCUGAGGCCAGACUGAACUGGACCAGAGUGGACGGAAGACGUCGUCAGGCUGGUCUCUAACUCCUGAUCUCAAGCGAUCCUCCUGCCUCGGCCUCCCAAAGCACUGGGAUAGCAGGCGUGAACUACAACGCCCAGCCAAAAAAUAACAUUUUGAAGGAAAAAAGGAGUGGAGGCUUUGUUCUACCGUGAAGUACUUCCUCCCCCGAAGUCCAUAUCAAGAUGUUUCCUCGGGAUUCCUUCCGGAGCAUAUUCAUCAGGAUGAGCGUGUGGAUGAGCCCGCCGAGCCUCCUGGAGCUGGCGGGGCAGAGCCUGCUGAGGGAUGAGGCCUUGGCCAUCGCCGCUCUGGAGGAGCUGCCCGGGGAGCUCUUCCCGCCGCUCUUCGCGGUGGCCUUCUUCGGGAGACGCGGCGAGACCCUGAAGGCCAUGGUGCAGGCCUGGCCCUUCGCCUGCCUCCCUCUGGGCGCACUGAUGAAGGAACAGCGGCCUACCCCGGAGAUCUUCCAAGCUGCGCUGGACGGGCUGGAUGGGCUCCUUGCCCAGGAGGUUCGCCCCAGGAGGUGGAAGCUGCACGUGCUGGAUUUACGGAAAAAUGCUCAUCAGGACUUCUGGACCGUGUGGUCCGGAACCAGGCUCGGUGUGUGCUCCUGGCUGGAGCCAGCCGCGGCCCAGCCCGUGAGGAAGAAGCAAAAAGUGAAUGCUUCAAGCUCGGUGGCGGCGGAGCAGCCCUUGGCUCCUGUGGAGGUGGUCAUAGAUCUGUCCCUCAAGCAAGGCACCCAAGACGCAUUGCUCACCUACCUCAUUGAGAAAGUGAAGCAGAAGAAGGGUUUGCUGCACCUGUGCUGUAAGAAGCUGAAGAUAUUUGCGAUGCCCAUGCAGAAUAUUAAGAUGAUCCUGAGCAUGGUGCAGCUGGACUCCAUCGAAGAUUUGGAAGUGAAUUGCACCUGGAAAUUGUCCACCCUGGGGAAGUUUUCUCCUCUCCUGGGCCGGAUGAGUAAUCUACAGAGACUCCUCCUCUCCCACAUCCACAUGUCCUCCACGUCCCCGGAGAAGGAGGAGCAGUGUGUCGCCCAGUUCACCUCUCAGUUCCAUUGUCUGCUCCACCUCCAGGAGCUCUACUUGGACUCUAUCUCCUUCCUCAAAGGCCGCCUGGACCAGGUGCUCAGGUGCCUGAAGAGCCCUUUGGAGACCCUCUCGAUAACUAACUGCCAGCUUUCAGAAUCCGACUUGACCUGUCUGUCCCAGUGUCCCAGCAUCAGUCAGCUGAAGGACCUGGGUCUGAGUGGCGUCAUCCUGACCGAUAUAAGCCCUGAGCCCCUCCAAGUUCUGCUGGAGAGAACCUCUGCCACCCUCCAGGACCUGGACUUAGAUGAGUGUGGGAUCAUGGACUCCCAGUUCGUUGUCAUCCUGCCUGCCCUGGGCCGCUGCUCCCAGCUUACGACCUUCAGCUUCUGCGGAAACCCCAUCUCCAUGGCCGUCCUGGAGCGCCUCCUGCACCACACCAUCGGGCUGAGCAGGCUCAGCCACGUGCUGUACCCUGCCCCGCUGGAGAGUUACGAGGACACCCGGGGCACCCUCCACCUGGGCAGACUUGCCUACCUGCACGCCAAGCUGAAGCGGAUGCUGCAGGAGUCAGGGCGGCCUGGCAUGGUCUGGUUCAGCGCCAACCCCUGUCCUCGCUGUGGGGACAGGACCUUCUAUGACCCGGAGCCCAUCCUGUGCCCCUGUUUCAUGCCUGCCUAGCUGCGUGCCCUUGUCAGAAGCUUUAUUCUGGGCACUUAGACACUGAAGCCCAGGAUGUAAGUGCAUGCUGAAGCAGCACAGAAGCCAUAGUUUGACACAACUGCUCAGUGUGGGCAGGAAAAAGAAAAGUGA